CUUACUUUGCAAAAACAUGUUUAGGCACGCAGGAAUCCAAUGAUCUUCUGGGCAUGUUCAGACAUCUUGCCCAACCUGGCCUAAACUUGCCCGAAAGUGUUCUGCGAUCUGAUUGGGCGCAGGUGAAAUGUACAUAUUUUCAUCUCGCUUCUGAUUGGCUACUUCAAACCGGAAAAGCAUUCAAUGUAAACAAUAUAAACGCGACAAAAGAGCGAAACAGUCAAAACACUGCAAGACAACGCAAUUCUAACGAAUUUCUUUGUGAAUUUGAGACGAUUUUUACACGAUGUCUAGCUCAAACGAUACUACAGUACAUCUCCGUGUUUCUGUCGAGGCUAGCCAAGGCUCUAGAAAAUCGAUGGAGGAUUAUACAUCAGUUACAAUCGAACCGCGCCAGGACAGGGAAUGCUUCUUCGCAGUUUUUGACGGCCAUGGUGGUCACCAGGCAGCCUUUUUUGCGAGGCAAAAUCUCUGGAAAACCAUUCAGAAACAAAAGGAUUUCUAUUCCAGCGAUCCUGACGAAGUUGGCAAAGCCAUCAAACGGGCGUUUGUCGAAAUACAUACAGCCAUGUGGAAGGAGAGAGGUAAACUUCUGAAAAUUUAUGAAAAGCAGAAUUUGAAAAUUAUGUAUAUUGUGCCAGAUGCUGCAUUAUUUUUAUAUUCAUGAGUUUCAUUGAAGGAUCUAUUACAUGUAAACUGCACGAAAAAUGUCAAGAUGUAAGGCUUUCGCUAUUAACGUCGACAGUUUAUAAUUAUUACUGUAAAAUCCUUCAACCGGCUCGUGGACUCGAAGUCUCGAACAUAUUUAGAUAAAUUUUGUAUGUAUAUAGAUACCAAUAUUUGAGGAAUAGUCUAAAAUAGAUUUAGCACACGUUCUAUGCAGUUACUAGAAGAAAUAUAAUCGUGGUUUUAUAGUAUAAAUAUAGUACAUAGUACUUUCGAUUUGUGAUAUUUCAUGAUCAGAUAUUCCUCGUGGUAUUCCACAAAUUUACAUUACCAAAUCUUGUCAAUUCGCAACAUACAUCUGGCUAAAAAUACGAGAAAUAUAAUGGUAAAAUCGAUCAUAGUUUUGUAUUGUUAAAGUAGAGUAUAUACGUAUAUAGUAAUUUCGAUUUUGAAGGAAAUAUCAUUGUAUAGUGUUCUACAAUUUUACAGUAUAUAUUGUAGAUUUUACAGUACAUUGUAGAUACAAAAUAUCUUGGUAAAUAGGACAUUUACUAUUGAAGGCAUGGCAUUGAAAUAAGAGUCUAAACUAUUGUAUAGCUCUAUGAAUUUAAAAAGAGUAUGUUUAUAAUUUUUGACAAGUAGAUUUCCGUAGGAACAAAUGCUCAGACAUUCGGUAACACAAGUCGAGCGCAAAAUUGAGAUAUAGUAAAUAAACUAUAAACUACAAAGCUUUUUGAAACCAUUCGAACCAGUUUUCUUCAGUUAUAAACCUACUGGCGUCUGUGAAGAUCAAAGAGGGUGCUUUUAGCUGUACGUAUGAAAUUUUACAUAAAUAGAAAUAUCCGGUAUAAUACGAGGAAAAUGUCAUCAGCAUUGAAAUGCAAUGCAAAUUUCAAUCAACACCGAAAUAUUAAAUUUAUACGAAUGAAACUUAACACUUUUGAAAUUUGACUUAUCUUUUUCUCUGCUGUAGGGAUUUCAGAAUUCUCUUUUAUUAAUUUAUCUGUUUUGUUGCUAUCCAAAGCGUGCAUUGAAUUGCCGCUAUAUAAGUAUUUACAAUUUUACUGUAAAAUAUAAAUAUUGAUAAGUUGGUAAUUUGUUUUUAUUGCAUGACAGUUCGAAUAUAGCUUGGCAGGAUGCCAUAAAUUUACAUAACACCUUGUCUGUCAUGCAUUAAAUAUUUUUGCCCGCCAAAAUUUGUAACACACAGAUUAAUUAAACCCAUUGAGCACAAGCGCUCUCCCCCCUUGACGAGUAAAAUAAAUUUUAAAAAUGAUAGCCCAAAAGAAUAACAAUGCGAUGAUCCUUAUGUUUUGUCGUAAGUGACUGACUAGGGUAGGACUUGAACUGACAGUAUAUAAAACAGUAUUUGCAUACAGUACAACAAAAAUAGUAAAUAAGGGCACUUUCCAUUAACACAGCCAGAUCGGUCAAAUUGUUGAAUGGAACAGAAAACUAGGGGUGCACAGGAUAUAGUAUCCGGAUAGUGACAAAAUCGUACUAUCCAGCCGGAUAUUUACUGUUAACCGGCUGGAUACCGGAUAUUUUUUUUCAUGAAGUGUACUAAAUUUCUGUUAAUUGAAACAUAAAAAAUACUAAAAAAAUAGAAACCCAAAAAAGGACAUGUGAAUGUCUAGCCAUUGAUAUAAUUGAAUGAAUUAACUAUUUGCAGCUUUUGGCGCUAAAAACCGUACUAAAUCCAAUCGCACAAAAACUUCGGAAGCUUUCGACAACAUUGUGAAUGGUGGAAAAAGUUAAAAACAGAUUUUUAGUUAACCAUAAUUGAUUAUUUACUCAAAAAUUCAAAAAAAUAGUGUCACCUUAUGCACUAUAAUACAUGGACGAGAAAAAUCCUUAUAUGUAUUAUAUGUCAAGUAUUCAAAUUGAUAAAAUAUCCGGCCGGACUUUUUUAAAUAUCUGGCAAAUCUGGUAUCCGGCCGGAUAGUAAAAAUCACUAUCCGGUGCACCCCUACAGAAAACGUUUGGGUUUUGGACCUAUCUGACCGGAAAAUUUAGAUAAGAUUAGAAUGAGGACAAUUUUCGUUAGAUAUUUGAGAAACAAAGACCAGACCUUUCCAUUGAUACAGAUACAAAAAUUCGUCAAAUUCGGGUCUGACCGGUCAGGCCAUUAAAUGGAAAGUACCCCAUAUACAUAUAUAAAAAAUAUAUAAAAAAAUCAUUUCACACUAUAAUAGUAGACCUAAAUAAUAGCGAUGGGCGAUACCACCAGUAUCGGUUUCGAUACGAUACCGAUUACUUUUUGGUUAAAGUAUCGAGGUAUCGAUUACCCAAACGAUUACUUCCUCCAAUUUUCAAAAAGUUACAUAUUUUUAACAGUAACGAUUUGAUCCGCCAUUUCAAUCCAUAAAAAAAUCAAAAAUUACUUUAUUUCCCGCCUUUUUUAUAAUUUAUUCUGUCAGUGAGAAUAGAAUGUCAAAUAAAGUAUAAAGGAAGUUUGAUUAAAUUGAUAAAUGCAGCAAAAUACCAAAAAGUACAUAAAUUUUAUUAGAAAUAACCAUGAAAACGAUGACACAACUACAGGAUUAUAAUGAAUGUCUGAUUUUAAAAGUAAUCGAAACACUUUUUCGAUACCGUGCAGUAUCGACUACUUCCUGUUUGGGCCUGGUAUCGGGUGGUAUCGAUAGCAAGUAAUCGGUAAUCGCCCAUCACUACUAAAUAAAAUCCACUUUAGUCUAUGGAAAUCCAAGACGACCUUCAUUGUGGUUCAAUGCAUUUUUUUAACUGAGCCAGACAUGUUGACUGACAUGUAGUACAUCCAAAAUAUUUCUCCCAUUAAAUUGGCCCAAAACAUUACUGUAAUGUUUCUCUUGUUCACAUUUGCUUGAUUAAUUAACAAAGUUUUGCAAAUUUUUGCUGACAUCAGUAAUAAACAGACAUCCUACUGAAUGACAAUUGUAUGUUCCCAUGUGACCAUAAUUCUCCAAUCAGAAAGCUUUGUUUGUGGGCGAAUGAAGUCUCCCAAAAUUUGAAGCCAUGCCGCCAGGCAAUUAUUACCUGAAUAAAUGCCUGUCCGCAGGCUAAUUGAUUAUUUAAUUUGUGCUCAUACUAGGCACGUUCGCUGAAUCUGCAGAUUCCAAAUUAGUUUGAAUCAUAUUUAUGCUGAUAGUACAGUGUUUUUAUGUUAUGCUUAAUGAAGAUCUGGUAUAUCAACAAGUAUAAUUUGUAUUCCUUUUAACAGAUUCUUGGCCCAAGACAAAGUAUGGUACCCCAAGUACAGCAGGAACGACAGCGUCGGUGGUGAUCAUGCGGGGUCACCAUAUGUUUGUCGCCAACGUGGGGGACUCUAGGGUGGUCCUUGCACAAGAUGCAGGAGAGGGGUUGAAGGCGGUGCCCUUGACAGGUGACCACAAACCAGAGGACCCCCUUGAGGCACAAAGAAUCAAGUCACUUGGGGGUCAAAUAGGAAGGAGCAACGGCGUCUUUCGUGUUGCGUGGAACAGAGUCAGCCAAAUUGGCAGACAUCGAGGGCCGGUUCUGCGCAGCACAAAGAUGGAAAGUGUCCCGUUCUUGGCCAUUGCACGCUCGCUUGGUAAGCAAGUUUACAUAUUAAUGACCGAUGUUUUUUAAAGGUUAAUGUUUAAUUUAAAUGUGUAUUAUUGCAAACUAAACUUGCAUAGCAAUUUUAAGAAUGCCUUUUAGAACACAUGCAAAAAUGUUGUAAUAACGGCUUAUUGACCAAGCGUGAGGUCUGUACUGUGAAAUAUCAGACCGAGGUUUUUUAGUAUGGACCGAGCGACGAAGGAGCGAGGUCCAUGCAAAAAUCAGAGGUCUGAUAUUUCACAGUACAGACCAAACAAGCGAGGUCAAUAAUCGGUUUGUUAUAUGGCUGAACAGAGUCAGUGAGCAUAUGCUUUUCACUGGGUAACAAUAUACGGUAGGCAUGCAUGCUCAAUCAAAAACAAUUUGGUUGUUUGAAAUUUCUAACUGUAAAUUUUAAUGACACACAAUUGGAAAAUUAAAAAGCAAAAAUUUGUUCUGUUUACAAAGCAAAAAUUUUCCACCAGAUAAACGACAUCCAGGACACUGGUCCAGAUACGGAAAAAAGCCAUAUGAAAAGCCAUAUAAUAAAACGUUAUUUAAACUUUUAUUUUAUACUAUUUUAUUUUUAAUGCUUACUCCUAAAAAUAUUUUUAAUAUCAAACUCACCCUACAUUAGGAAGAGUUACAUAAAUUAUGUGUUUAAUAUGCAUAUUUACAUCAAUGAGUUUAAUGCAUAUUUAUUAUUUUAUUUCCUAAUUAGUAGCGCGAGGCGGUUUCCACAGAAACCCGAAAACCGACCGGAAAAAAACGAGUGAACCGGGUUUUUUAAAAAAUACGUUCGAAAAUCAAAUUUCAAACAAACUCUCUUCAGUUUUUCGUGUGUAAAUGCCAAAACGUGAUUGAAUUGCAUCAAACUCGUAUAAGUAUGGUUCGAUUUCAGUAAAAUACCGAUUUUUCAUAGUUUCCCCCCGUUUUAUUCGGUUUUUCUCGAAAAGUAACAUCGAGUAUUUCAGAGUAUCUUUUUUUCCAGUUUACAGAAAAACCGCCUCACCCUACUAAUUAGUACCAUACUUUAAUUUAAGUAUGUAGUAUUUAAAAUUUUUUUAUUAAUUAAAUAAAAAUAUUAUUUUUAAGGAAAAAAUUAUUUUCUUAUCACUUCUUUUCAAAGAAGAAAAUAGUGUUUGUAAACUUUGGCUAUUUUUAGUGAUUGACCAAUAAUUAGUGUUAGCAUCGGGCCAAUUUUUGCCUUAUCUAUAUUUCCGAUUGUCUAAAUAAAAAAGUGGUACGGGUACCAAUUUUAUCUGUGCCGUACCAAAAAUUGAGCGUAGUGUAAACAGGGCUUAAAUUAAAACAGAUUGUUGAGAAAAUAUGCACUUUAAAAUGAUAUGCAUUACAUGUUAAUACACGUUGUGUUGUAACGCAAAAUGUUAAAUUAAGGCAUGAAGCAUGCCAUUUAUUAACAGUUUUAACAAUCUUUGGUUGCAGUAACAUGUUACGUUGGAAAUUAUCGUUAAAAAUUCGACAAGAGCGACAUCAGUAUCACCUUUACUCAGUCGACUGAUAUUAUGACGUCAUUAUAAAAUUGGUAUUGGGUAGAUUGUGGGAUGAAAAAUCGGUAAUUGUUGCACUAUCGGUCAAUCACUAGUUAUUUUAUUGUGUUAAAAUAAACAAUAUUUUAUUGUUUAUACAUUUUACUAUACAUUUUAUUGUUUUUUAAAAAAAAAUUAAAUUAUGGGUAAAUAUUUUUUAAAGGUGAUCUGUGGAGUUUCAACCCCCUCGUCGGAGACUUCCUCGUGUCUCCUAUUCCCGAUGUCCACUACAGGCUUAUCGAUCCUCGGAGAGAAAAGUUUGUGGUGCUGGCAUCGGAUGGUCUGUGGAAUGCAAUGAAGAACAAGGAGGUCGUGCAUUUCAUAGACAACAUCGAGAAGAACGUCUUCGACAUGGACUGGAAGGACGAUGUCACCCACAGGUGGGUGCUACGUAUUCAUAGCAUUGUUAAAGGGUUUGUAAAAUUUAUAAAAAAGGCAGAUGACAAAGAGGAAAAACCGCUGCUAACAAACCAGGUCUCAAUCUUUUUAAGUUACCAUCAAAUCAAGUUACCAUGACUUGUCUUUUUAAUACCGUCUUGUGAUAAAAGACACAGUCUUGCAAUAAAAGAAGACACACCCAGAUAAUUUUUGACUAUGGCAAAUGCAAAAGUAAAAAGGAAAGUGCCACUCCAUAAAAGGCUCUUGCCAUUUAUCUUUUAGUAACAUUUAGUUCACAUCCAAAAUAAUUUUUUUUCUGACAACAAUACCGAUAUUAGAAACUAUAAAGGAAAGUUCCACAGGCAGAUAAAAAGGGACAGUAUGAGACGUCUUUACGUUGCCACAUAACCCAAGAUUGUGCCCAAGGAAAGAUGUAUGUUCAAGUAGAUGUUAAAUCCACUCAACAAAAAGCAAUGCGAAGGCAUCGCACAGAUACAUUUCUUUCACUGCAAAAAAACCAUGGAGAAAAUUUUAACUAUGAACACCUUUGGCGAUUUUCAAGUGGGAUUUGCUAUAGGAGGAUGCCCAUAUUGAUACGAAAGUUUGAAUGUGAAUUUUUGAUGGCUAACAUCAUCCUAACCCUAACUCUUGUUCUAAAUAAUCAUGGUGCAAAUCUGGGCCGGGGGGGCGGUGAAUAGGGGUAUACAAAUCCUCCCAAAUUUGAAGCAAAAUCCGCCAAUGGUCUUGUCUAAAUUUGGAUCCGCUUAGCCUGCGAACAGGCUCUCAAGUUGAAUUGAGAGCCUGCAUCGAUGACUAAUGAAUUUGAAUAUCUGCGUCUCAAAUCGUGACGCGAAAUUCUCACUGGUCAGAUCAGGGUCAGAUGCUAUAAUUUAUACGUUUCCGCUGAGCUCUAUAUAUGUCAACUGCUGAACUAUGC